GGAAGGCAGAGGAAUUAAGGAAAGAGUCAUCCGUCGGCGUCGUGGUGGGGAGGGAUCAUUAGAUGUGAUGGCUGCGAGAGUGGAGUCGUCGCCGGAGGACGGGAAGGCUGUUGCUUUUGCCAUGGAUUUUCCCCUUGAAGAUUCGACUUCGUUUUCGAACUCUUCUCCCAGAUUACCUCGUAGGCUUCAGCGGAGGCUCUUGGAGUGUAGGUCUCCUCCGAAGAGUACAGUUGAAGAAAUCGAAGCCAAGCUCCGCGACGCUGAUCUUCGGCGCCAGCAAUACUAUGAGAAACUGUCAAGCAAGGCUAGAGCAAAGCCGAGAAGCCCAUCGCGGUCUUCAUCUCAUGAGGAAGAUCUUGGCCAGCGUCUUGAAGCAAAGCUCCAAGCUGCUGAGCAGAAAAGGUUGAGCAUUUUGGCAAAGGCCCAGAUGCGACUAGCUAAGUUGGAUGAGUUGCGGCAAGCAGCUAAAAGUGGGGUACAAAUGCGUUAUGAGAAAGAACGGGAGAAGCUUGGAACAAAAGUGGAAUCGCGGGUUCAGCAGGCAGCGGCAAAUAGAAUGCUUAUGCUUAAGGCUUACAGGCAAAGGAGAGCCACACUAAAGGAGAGGUCAUCUCAAUCCUUAUUGCGAAGGAUGGCUCGGGAUAGCAAGUACAAGGAGCGUGUUCGUGCUGCAAUUCAACAAAAACGUGCAGCUGCUGAGACAAAGCGACUAGGUUUGCUGGAAGCAGAGAAAAAGAGGGCACGUGCUCGGAUGUUGCAAGUGCGACGGGUGGCUAAGUCUGUCUCUCACCAACGUGAGAUUGAAAGGAGGAGUAUGAGGGAUAAGUUGGAAGAUCGACUUCAGAGGGCAAAGAGACAAAGAGCAGAAUAUUUGAGGCAGCGAGGUAGGCUGCAUGGUCUUGUUCCCCCAAAGUGGAAUAGGUUGCACAAACAGGCUGAUCAUCUUUCCCGAAAGUUAGCAAGGUGCUGGAGGCGUUUCCUUAGGGUGAGGAAAACUACCUUAACCUUGGCAAAAGCUUAUGAUGCAUUGAAAAUGAAUAAGCAGUCUGUGAAAUCAUUGCCAUUUGAGCAGCUUGCACUUCUGAUCGAAUCAUCUGCCACCCUUCAGACAGUGAAAGCUUUACUUGACAGGUUUGAGAGCCGGCUGAAGGUCUCCAGAGCUAUUUCUGCUGCUAAUCAUCACCCGUCCUUUAUGGAUAACAUUGACCACCUUCUCAAACGAGUUGCCUCCCCUAAGAGAAGGGAUACUCCCAGUACUUCUAGGAGGAGCAAAGACGCAAAGAAAGUAGGUUUUGUCAGAGAGGCAGCCAUUAGUCCAGAUAAAUUAUCAAGGUAUCCUGUGAGAGUGGUUCUUUGUGCUUACAUGAUAUUGGGUCAUCCAGAUGCGGUUUUCAGUGACCAAGGAGAGCGUGAAAUUGCUUUGGCCAAGUCUGCGGAGGAUGUUAUCCGAGAGUUUGAGAUUUUGAUAAAGAUUGUACUGGAGGGUCCAGUACAAAGUUUUGAUGAAGAGUCUGACCUCAAAUUAAAAAAGUGUUGGACCUUCAGGUCUCAGCUCCAAGCAUUUGACAAAGCAUGGUGCUCCUACUUAAAUUGCUUUGUGGUGUGGAAAGUUAAGGAUGCUCAAUUGUUGGAGAAGGAUUUGGUGAGGGCAGCAUGCCAGCUUGAGCUCUCUAUGAUUCAAACUUGUAAGCUAACUCCAGGAGGAGAGAGUGUUGCUCUUACCCAUGACAUGAAGGCUAUUCAGAAACAGGUCACAGAAGAUCAAAGACUUCUGCGGGAAAAAGUAAGACAUUUGAGUGGGGAUGCUGGGAUCGAGCGUAUGGAAUCUGCUUUAUCUGAAACCCGGUCUAAAUACUUUCAAGCGAAGGAGAAUGGAAGCCCCAUAGAAUCUCCAAUCACACACUUCAUUUCUCCUAGCCCAUCGAGCUCCUCAGGUGAACCUUCUUAUGUUGCUAGCUCAGAUAAAGUAAGUGUUGUGGGUGAAAGUGUUGAACGGCCAAGCCGCGUAGUUCGCACCUUAUUCAAGGAAGAUGAUGCUUCCUCAACAAGAGGAUUCGGUUUCUCCUCACAUAGAAGCAGUUUAGACCGUCAGCUGGGUUCAUCAGAUGAAAAUCUGAUCUCCGAGAAUGAGCUGAUUGUAAAUGAAUUCCUCCAUGAGCAACGCCAUGCUUUUAAUGAUAGCUUGAGUGCCACUGAUGAAGAUCAAAAGAAUAUUAAGGUGAACAUAAAAGCGGCAAUGGAGAAGGCAUUCUGGGAUGGCGUGAUGGAAUCUAUGAAACAGGAUGAUCCUGACUAUGAUCGGAUUGUUCAACUCAUGAGGGAGGUGAGAGAUGAAAUUUGCGAGAUGGCUCCACAGAACUGGAAGCAAGAGAUUAUUGAUGCUAUUGAUAUAGACAUUUUCUCUCAGGUGCUAAAGUCAGGUAACCUGGACAUUGAUUACCUUGGAAGGAUUCUAGAGUUUGCAUUGGUCGCUUUGCAAAAGCUCUCUGCUCCAGUUAAUGAUGAUGAACUGAAGGCCAACCAUCAGAUGUUAAUGAAUGAGUUAUCCGAGAUAUGUAAAGCCAGUGAUGAGUCAAGAUAUUCCUGCGUAAUUGCAACGAUCAGGGGCCUGCGUUUUGUCCUAGAGCAGAUUCAGGUGCUUAAGCAGGAGAUAAGCAAAGCACGUUUAAGAAUUAUGGAGCCUUUGUUAAAGGGUCCUACUGGCUUGGAUUAUCUUAGAAAUGCUUUUGCCAACCGAUAUGGAUCUCCAUCUGAUGCGAAUACCUCUUUGCCAUUGACAGUGCAGUGGCUUUCUUCCAUUAUAGGUUGCAAAGAUGAGGAAUGGGAAGAACACAAAAAUUUCCUCUCCUCUUUGAUGGGCAGUGAAAUUUCAGUUCCAGGGUUUCUUCCUUCCACCGCCCUAAGAACUGGUGGAAGCUUUCUGGUCAAAACAAAUGGAAAUCAAAUUACAACUUCAGCUGCUAGAAGUAAUGGUGAUCAACUAACUGAAUGCAAGGGAGCAAAAGUUGACUUACUCGUGAGACUUGGGGUGUUGAAAUUAGUAAAUGGGGUAGAAGGUCUCACACAAGCAGCUCUGCCUGAAACUUUAAUGCUUAACCUCUCUAGGUUGAGGUCUGUUCAAGCUCAAAUUCAGAAGAUUAUUGUAAUUUCCACAAGUAUUUUAGUUUGCCAGCAGACCCUCCUGAGCGAGGCAGUAAUAGCCCCAACAGACAUGGAAAGCAUAGUCGCAAAGUGUGUUGAGCGACUUUUGGAUCUACUGGAUCGAGUUGAAGAUGCAGGUAUUAAAGAAAUUGUUGAAAUAAUUAGUGAGUUCCCAAUAGAGGGUGAGGAGAAGGCAGACACCGAGAAACUUAAGUUGCGGAGGGUGGUCACGGCCAGGAUGUUAUCAAAGAGCUUGCAAGCGGGGGAUCCCGUGUUUCAAAAGGUGUCUCGUGCGGUUUAUUUGGCUGCCAGAGGAGUCAUGCUGGGGGGAAAUGGGCCUCAGGGAAAGAAAUUAGCAGAAAUGGCAUUGCGUCGAGUUGGAGCUGUUUUGCUGACACAGAGGGUGGUGGAAGCGGCCGAAGUUUUAGUGGUGGCUGCCACCGUUACCAUUGGUGUUCAUGAGCCAUGGUAUACCCAUCUGACUGCUAAUAUGUGAUUGGAUUUGAGAGAAUAAAAAGUGUAGGAAGUACAGAAGACAAUGAUAAUGAAAACAUACACAGCUGUACAUACUAGUGUGUGUGGGUAGUUGUACAUGGAAAGCGUAUAUGUAAAUAUUAUUAUUAUUAUUAUUAUUAUGCAGAAUGAUUUGAUGUAAAAAGGUAAGAUGUAAAUGGUAUCUAAGACUAAUUUGAUUCUGUAUUUAUUCAACUGCUUCCCUUCGUUUGGAAAGUCGUAGGUUAAUUGAUGUGGGAAGUUUUGAAAAGUCGAAAGGAUGUUAUGUAUAUGUGUGUACGGAUUCGAUUUCUUUGAAUAAAAAGGACAGCAAACUCUCUCGCA